AUGAAAGAACAGGGGAGUAUCUUGUUAGACUCGCAGCAGUCACCGUCGUUUCGAUUACGACGAUUGCCAUGGGGUAUUGUAUUGUAUCCGGCUACUAUAUGUGGCCUGAUCCUUCUGCUAUUCGUGGCACAAAUUUCGCAGCCAAGCCCUCUACAACGCUUGAUUCCAUCGAGAGUCUCGAAUAGUCAGAUACAUCCAACUGUACAUGGGCCCGAUGUAUCACGUCCUUUUAUCGAGCUCCAUCCGGGGGAUCAUGUAUACCGCAAUCCUUCAACGCAACAUCAUGACUGGGUAGUGACUGCCGACCAUCGACGCCCGGAUGGAGUGCUGAAAAGGGUUUAUGUGAUUAAUGAUUUUUUUCCUGGACCGACGGUUGAAGCACGAUCUGGUGACCGCUUGAUAGUAAAUGUGACCAAUCAUUUGGAGGAGGAACCAAUCUCCAUCCAUUGGCAUGGAGUACAUAUUGAGAAUGCUAUGGAUGGAGCCGUUGGUGUGACACAACGUCCUAUCCCUCCGGGGUCCACGUUUACCUACAACUUCACGAUUCCAGCAGAUCAAAGCGGUACAUUCUGGUACCACGCUCACUCGGGCCUUCUCAGGGCCGAUGGCCUAUAUGGGGGGCUCAUCGUGCAUGAACCCUCUCCUAAGCCAACAGUCCGGGGACUGUUGGCUCGUGCAGAUCAGCAGGAACUUGGCAGCUAUGAUAAGGACAUCCUACUCUUAAUUGGGGAUUGGUAUCAUCGAUCGGCAGAUCAGGUCUAUUCCUGGUAUAUGCGCGCCGGGUCAUUUGGGAACGAGCCCGUCCCAGAUUCACUACUGAUCAAUGGAGUGGUGGACUGUAUCCUUCGACAUAUGAACGUCUCAUAUCUGGAUGCGAAGGGAGAUGCAACGUACAGAGUCCGAGUGGUAAAUACGGGCUCCGUUGCAGGAUUUAGGCUAGGUUUUCAGAACCGAGAAUUUACGCUCAUUCAAGUGGACAGCAUUGAUGUUGAACAACAAGAUUCAAGUUCAGCCGGUAUACUUUACCCGGGCCAGCGUAUGGACAUUAUACUCCGUCAGAGUCCAGACGAAACUCCAAGUUCGUUGACGAUUGAUCUAGAUAAAGAGUACCCCAACCCAGCUUUGACAUCUGUCCAGACUUUCGAUAUAACGAAUUCACCAAACAAUCUGUCGUCAGGUAUAUCUUCAUCAAACAAUACGAUAUCACUCUCCGAGGUCGCCACGAGAAAGUCACUUCUCUCCGGUCUCCCCGCAAAGGCGCAUUCAACCCACGUGGUGUACACUAAGAUCGAAAAGCUCUCCAUAAACCACAACGUACCCUAUGGGUUCUUCAAUCGAACUUCAUGGAGGCCUCAGAUUGACACACCGCUGAUUGAUCUUCCCCGCGAAAAGUGGGAUAGAAAUCAACUCGUGUUAUCAACAGGGUCAACUACUUCGCAUCCCGUGUCGUCCGAUCAAGACCAGGACGUGUGGAUCGACCUGGUAGUCAACAAUCUAGACGAUAGUGGCCACCCAUUCCACCUGCACGGCCACCACUUCUACAUCCUAAGGACCUACCAAGCAUCCGUAGGCUGGGGCGCCUACGAUCCUUUUACAGAUGCCCAUCCACCUGGUCUAGCUCCACAUCCCGCUAGCUCAUCAAGAACAGAUUCUCCCUAUGACCUCUCCCGCGCGCAGCUACGAGAUACGGUCUAUAUCCCCAGCCGCGGGCACGCAGUCUUGCGUUUCCGAGCAGAUAACCCAGGAAUAUGGUUAUUUCACUGCCAUAUUAUCUGGCACCAAGCGAGCGGGAUGGCAAUGCUUUUGCAGAUCGAGUGA